UGUUUGGUAGUGAGUUAUUACAUGCUCAUUCUGCUAAACAGUUCAGAAAAAAAAAUCGUAUAUCUGUUUGUUUUCGUUGUUCCUCCCCUUGAGCUUGUGUCUAUGUAUAAUUGGUAGAGGAAGUGUUCAAAUAAUUCGCAUUCCAUAGGAUACAAUAAUUAUACGGUGUAGGAUUAAUUGUUUUAUAAAUGCGAAGUGUGAAUGUUUCUGCUUCUCUAGUCGUUACUAUGUGAUGGGUUGCUCCACAGAUAAUGAUCCAGUUGUUUCAAUGGAUAGUUUGCUCCGUAGAUAUAAUUUGACAGUCUUAAAAUAAAUGAAUGUUGUAGAUAUGCCCAUUUGCUAAUGAUACAUAUUGCAUUGUAUAUGUCCAUAAUUUGCUUCCAUGUUCUGUUAUAUUUGGCCAAUUAAGAGGGCACAGUAUUCAGUUAGGUCGAGCCAUUCUUUCCCCAACAAAGAAAACAAUUAUAUAUGCUUUUAUCUUGACAUUGGUAGGAUAAACCAAGCUAGGUUGGUAACGCUUUCGCUUUAAAUUGAAGAUUUGAAGAUAAAAUGUCUUAAAUAUAUAUUAAGAUAUACAUUAAUAUAUAAGGAAAAUAAGGUGCCCGAUUUUUGAGCUUAGCCUUUAACAUAAGCUGCCGAAAACUUUUGUAUUAAAUAAGCUGUGAAAGGAAACUUAGCACUGUGAAAUUGAUCGGUUGAUGUCCUUGUUUCAGGUUAAAAAAAUGGACUGUAUACGUGGUAGGAAUGACUAUCUGGUUUCUGGGUCCAUUAAAAAGGGCAGUUUUCACUAAAUGCACAAGUAAAGACGUAGCUAGAGCCGCGAUUAAAUUAUAAAACAUUCUUCAUAAUAUUUAUUACAGAGAACCUAGACAUAGUAUCAGACACAAAGCUUAUGUUUUGAUUAGGCAGAUCUAUUUGUAGAGUGCGCUGCCUUUUGUUAGAUAAUAUACAGCAUUUGCUAAUCGAACCAACACAGAAUGCUGCUAAAAAACAUUAAUUCCACCUAAAUUGGACACAAAACAACGUUUAUUUACCAGUUGAAAAGGGGUUCUGGUUUAGGAUGCAUUAAGUAAUAAAGUAAACUGGAAAGAUUUAAACGCAUUUUCAGCAUACGUGACAUGCGUUUUAAGAAAACGAAGGUUGGUUUGAGAAUUUAAGUGCGGGGUGGCUUCGAUAUUUCCGCAGAUGCACGAAGAACUCUAAGAUUAUGAGCCAUGCAGACAAAAUAAAAAAAAUUAAGCAACCUAAGAGAGGAAAAGAAUUAGCAUUUUGAUGCUGCACAAUACCGUUCCCCCCCUGAACUAAUCAGCGGUGACAGCCGAAGGGUACGAACAUCGCAAAAUUCACAUCUAAAAUUAAACCUAAUUUUUAAAAUUUCAAAACAAACCAGCUACAAGAAAACGUCGAGUCCUCUCUCUAUCAUCAUCAGCGCUAGCUUUUUUUUCCCUAUAUAAAAAAACAGCUCUCGUGGAUUAAACAAAUGUACUGAUGUGCGGCGUGGAUCUUUUUUUGAAAGAUGCUCUUCUCAUUUGUUUAUGUGAUUUAUUCUACGAAAUGUAACGGUUAAGUUUGAAAUGUGUGGUAGCCUUAAUUCGACCCGAGGCCGAUUUCCCCGUUCAUCAGAACCACAGUCACAUAGCCUCAGUCUCCAGAGGGUGGCGCGCAAGGACAACCCAAAGCCAGUGCUGGGAGCAGCCGGCGCGCCCCCGUGCGCGUUCCCUUCUUCCUUUCUUCCUCGCAACCUUCCAAUUUGUAGCCACAGUGCAUGGAUUUACCUCUAGAGGUCAUCAGCGAGAAUUUACGACUGGACAACAAAAGCACGUGAUUACAAGUCGUACCCCAUAUUUGGGUGCCUACGUAGGAGGGAACGAAGUACAUGUCCCAGUCAUUUCCAUAAUUCAUCAUAAAUUGUGCAGGGUGCUAGACGCACAAACGACCAAGAGCCACAAAUCAAGUAAAAAAUAAAUAAAUAAAAAAAUCAAAUGAGCUCUUACUUUGUAAACUCAUUCUGCGGUCGCUAUCCAAAUGGCCCGGACUACCAGUUACAUAAUUAUGGAGAUCAUAGCUCGGUGAGCGAGCAAUACAGGGAUUCUGCAACGAUGCAUUCCAGCAGGUACGGCUACGGUUACAAUGGGAUGGAUCUCAGCAUUAGCCGUCCAGCAUCUAACCACUUUAAUGCCAGUGAAAGAUCUCGAAGCUACCCUGCAGGAGCAACAACAGCAGCAGCAGGACCAGAAGCAGGAGCAGACACCAGGUACAACCAACCUGCCACGUCCACUCAAUCUCCUUCACCUGACCCUCUGCCCUGCUCCGCCGUGGUCAGUCCGCCUGCCAGUGACAACCACCCCGGAAUCAAAAACUCCAUAGCAAGCCCAACUACCUCCUCAAAUUCCAGCAGCAGCAGCAGUCAAAUCAGUAGAGAUGGGGUUGGCACGUCGCCUGGUACUGAGGAUGACACCCCGGCAAGCAGCGACCCUCCAAGUUCACAGAACGGACAAGGCACAGCACAGCAGCAGCCUCAGAUUUACCCCUGGAUGCGAAAACUGCACAUAAGUCACGAUAGUAUGGGAGGACCAGAAGGUAAAAGAGCCAGGACGGCUUACACCCGAUACCAAACCCUGGAGCUGGAAAAAGAAUUCCACUUCAAUAGAUAUCUGACCCGGAGACGACGGAUAGAAAUUGCACAUGCUCUUUGCCUAACAGAGAGACAGAUUAAGAUCUGGUUCCAAAACAGGAGGAUGAAAUGGAAAAAAGAUAACAAGUUAAAAAGCAUGAGCAUGGCCGCUGCAGGAGGCGGAUAUCGUCCUUGAUCAAUAGAAGCACUGGGCAGUAGCUGACCAAUUAGCAUAAUGUCAAUACAGUACUGACUUCCAAAACUCUUUUUCCCGUGUUACUUCUAUGAAGAAAAGCAUUUCCAUAUUGCCGUAUUCCAAUCUUUGCAUCGUUAGUCUGCUUUCUGGUCGUACUGUUGCCUGUACAAGUCAUUGCUUACAGUAUAUUGUCUAGGAAUAGGAUAGCCUUGUGAAUUAUAGCUGUUUAACUUAUUUAUAUUAAUACAAGCGGUAUUACUUGAAGUAACUGUAUAAAAUCGUCCAGUAAAAUGUAAUUAUGUGUUGCACUCUGCAAAAAAAAGUGUAUGUAUGUAUUAGUGUUGCUAAAUGUCAAAAUAGCUCCAAGCUUGCAAUACGUAUUUAAUUUCAGACCAUCGUCCUCUGUAUUGGAUAUCGUGGUGUUAAAUCACUGAAAUGCUACCUAUUCUGUGUUAUUAGUGAGCAGUGAAUUUUGUGAAGGGUAUUGCGACUUUGAACUGUAUGUCUAUGCUGUGCCUUUGUAUGACUUUGCACGAAUUCCAAUAAGUGGCUCUUAGCGCAGCGUCGGUGUAUGUUUUUUGUGACAAAGGAUAAAUAUAAAGCCUAAAAGACUGGCAGUUUAAGAAAUUAGUGAUGAGCUUUUGUAUUUGUUUUUAAAACUGACUGGAAGUUAAAAUAAAGUUUCUAUAGUAACUUUCCUGCUCUUUAGCCUCCCAAAUAAGUAUUUAUCUUGCCUUUGUUGUCUUGUGCAUUAAAAUAUUUCUACUAAUUACGUUUAACAUAGUUUUUGUCCAAACCUCAUAAGAAAAGUACAUGUUUGACCUAUUUUUUAUAACUUUGCCCCAUUUCUCUGGAUGAAAAGUCUGCAGAUUGGUUUAGCGUAGGUAUUGAAGCUGCGCAAACUUAUAAAGGCGGGUCUUUAAGCAAUGCAUUUCAAAUUUUCUUAUUAGUGCAAAUGGCGGAAUUCGGUAGAAAUUAGUACACUGAAUAUUUACACAUGGUGCUAAAUUGUAGUAUGGUGUUUUUUACGCAUUUCGAAGUGAAUACGUCCGCCUCUUGAAUCCCAUUUCUUGCGCACUGAUAUUUGCGCACCGUUUGCUCAACUGUACUGCUCAACGUCUACUUCUUUGUUUCUGCUCUUACUGUUCUUGCAUUUGAACAAACCUUUUUGAUAGACCCGAUUUCUCUGAAACUGUAUAGUGUGGGUCUGAGGAAAAAUUGUACCCUGAAGCAUUUCAAACACUUUGUCCCGAAGGUAGGCGAUAGUCACGAUCUCUCAACUCCCUGCUAAAGUGUAGCGUAAACCUUUUCCAACAGGUAUUUUCACUUUACAGAGUUAACUUUACUUACCGCGACAAAGCAGGGCAGAAAAGUCACCACUUAGCUCCUGACAGCAAAGAGAUCAGCACUUUCACCCUUUCUGCUGAGUGAGUGCUUGUCCUUUAAAGUUAUAAACAGUAAACUUUUAUACACCUCAGUUCCGGCUAUAUGACAUUUGGGUGCCAAAUGAAUAGGGUUUUGUCUAUGAAUUAGAUCGUAAAAUCAUCCAUAGCACAGACUGAUAGCCUCACUGGCUAUAAAAAAUCACGUGGUGUCAUUAAAGUAAGUUUUAUGGUUUUGGGGAGUUGACAACCAACAGUAUAUUCUACAUAACAUAUAAUCUCACUGACGCUGGACUUCAUUUGGCUCCUUUGCAGAUUGCGUGUGCAGACAAGCCACUCAAAUGGCUAAUCUUCUUGUUCAGAGGACUAUCCACUGCUCCACCACUCCAGUGUACAGGAAAGUUGUAUUUUCUUGCAACACAAGAUGAUUUCUCUCUAUGGUUUGAGGCUGCCAUUUUACGUGAACGAUAUUUUUUUUAGAAACACGGGUUCAUUAUUGGGGCGUCUUUUACGAAGUUGUUCUUCAAGAAGACCCUUGGCCAAAGACAUACACGCAGUACAAAGGCAAUCUGUUCAACUUUGUCCUAAAUAACAUUUCCACAAGCAAAUCCGAGACUGUACAAACUUUCGGUGAGUUUUCAUAACUUUUGCAAUAUGUAAAAUUAUAUAUGGUCGUUAAGAAUUUGAAAUGUUCUCACUGCAAGGUGUCAUUUUUAUUAGUUCCUGUCCAAGCGGUUGGUAAAUACUGAGCUAAUUAAAGAACCGCAAUAGGCAGUUACAAUUUAAAUCACGUGUGCUUUAGAUUAUCUGAAAAUAAACCCCAGAAACAUAUCAGUUAUAGAGGAAGUUAGAUUCAACCUAUACUAUAGGUCGUAAAAUGGAUGCUACAUCAUAAUAGUUAGCAUCAUCCAAGCGUUAGAACAGCGACAAAAAUGUAAUAUUUUCGUUUAUAUCUUAGAAUUUCAAGCAAGGUACAUUCAAAUGGAAGUUGUGAUGAUAUAUGCUCUUUUGUUGUAAAAAAACAUCCAUUGCUUAUAUCAAUUCAAAUCAACGUUACAUCCAUUCUCCUCUCUCCGUUUACGUUCCCUUUUAAAAAUCGUAGCAAUUGACUGAAAUCGUUAAUGAAAGAGAUGAAACAUUUCUUAUCCAAUAUUUUAGUUCUCUACAUCCAACGACAAUGUUUCACAAGGCACACUGACAUAAGCGGGGCCUUCAAUUUCUAUCCAGUUGAUCCUGAAUUGAAAUUCGUGGAGCCAGACUCAGUGAUAGAAAGUUUAAGAAAAUAUCCAGCAUCCGUUGGCGUUACCAUUUCCCACCUUCGUAGAUCUCACGAGAAAAGAAAAGUUGGAGUCAGCACAUUAAGAUAAGUGGAAAGGCUGAUCAUUGACAAUAAAGUACUUCACUACAGAAAAACAUCGAGCGGCUUACUUGUAAAGUUGCAAACGAGUGAAUUUUUGGCCCUAUCUUCCCUCCUACGCUGCUUGGCUUCCCCUUUCAUGUAGUUGCUUCGCAAUAAGCGAUAGGGGCAAGUGUUUUCUCUUUAGUGCUCUGUUUACAGCCUUAGUGCAUGAAGUCAUAAAUCUUACGUAGCCAUAAACGACAGAAGCAUUGGUAUGCAU